AUGGCUCCCCUUCUAACGAGCUUAUUUGUUUCCUUCAGCAAAAUAGGUCGUUCACGGAAUAAAAACAAGGGAAAGGAUCUGUUAAGCACAGACUUUUCAGUGAAUCGCCCUGUGACAAGAUCCAUAUCGCAUAGCCGUAACAACUUGGUACCAGAGCCAAACACGAUGGGCGAUCCAAGCAAACUUGAAGAGUUACAAACUUUCCUUCAAGAGGCGCAGGCUGCCAAUGAAGCGCGAAUCGCAGAAGCAGUGGCACAAUCUGAAUCAAGAAUGGUUACUAAAUUGCAACAAUUAACGUUACAAUUGCAGGAGUUCAUGGUCGGGUUUAGCAAAAAUCAAGGAAGAGAUUCUGAUGCUGGAGUGAGCAGCAACAUGGGUAACCAGCCCGGCAGACCAGAAAAUCGAUCCAAUCAAUUGACGGGAAAUAGUGUGGUACCAAGAUACACAAAGCUGGAUUUUCCUACUUUUGACGGAUCCGAUGACCCAUUGAUUUGGCUACACCGCUGUGAGAAAUUCUUCUCCAAUCAGAGAACAGCUGAAGCGGAUAAGGUGGGAUUGGCUGCAUUCCAUCUUCUAGGUGAGGCACAGUUAUGGUAUCAUCAAGUAGAACAAGAGUAUCACGCAGUUGACUGGUCGGAAUUCAAAGAAUAUUGUACUCUCAGGUUCGGGCCUCCACUGGGAAGUAAUCCAUUAGGUGAUCUGGUUAACUUGAAGCAAACAGGCUCAGUUGAAGAAUAUCAGCGACAAUUUCAAGAACGGUUAGCCAGGGCCAGCAAAUUUGUUCGCGUAGACCAGCAAGUUAGUCUCUUUACUGCCGGCCUGAUCGAUUCCAUUCGUCUUGAUGUUGAGAUGCAGAGUCCACCAGAUUUGGUUCAUGCCAUGAAUAUAGCUCGAGCAUUUGAGAAGAAACAGAAGGUAAUGCGGGCAACAUCUUCUCGGAAGGAGACCUGGCAAGGGACUAAAGGCUAUUUCAAUAAUACUGCGACUUCAACAAUUCCAACUCCUAAGGGCAGCAAUGCACUAAGUGGGAUUAUUGAAUCAAAAUCUGUAAGUUCAUCUUCUCCUUUUAUAAAGAAAUUGACAAGGGCUGAAAUGGCGGAGAGAAGGACAAAGGGAUUGUGUUAUAAUUGUGAUGAACUGUAUUCAACUGGGCAUCAAUGUAAGAAGCUGUUUUGGUUGGAACUAGCUGAGACAGAUGAUGAAAAUACUGACCAUAAGGAUGUGCAAGAACCUGAAAUUUCCUUGCAUGCCAUCACGGGACAGAAGAGCGCAAGAACAAUGCAGUUACGGGCACUCAUGAAGGGUCAAGCAUUGUUGAGCUUGGUUGAUUCAGGCAGCACACACAAUUUCAUUAGUUAUACAGCAGCCCAACACUUGGGGAUGCAAGUACAACCUGGGACAGGUGCCAAUGUUUCAGUUGCUAAUGGAGAAAGAGUUUACAGUAAAGGAAUUUGCCGUGCGGUGUCCUUUUAUAUUGAUGAUACUAUUUUUAAAGCCGACUUCUUUGUUAUUCCGUUAGGUGGCUUUGACAUUGUUCUGGGGGUAAUCUGGUUACAAACGCUGGGCCCCAUUCUCUGGGACUUUGCUUCACUCAAAAUGAGUUUCACUUCAGAUGGAAAGCAAGUUGUCUUUCAUGGGCAGCAAACCAGUUCGAAAAUGCAGCUUCAUUUAUUGCAUGAUUCAGGUGAGAACCCCACUAAAUUGGAGCAACUCUUGGCUGAAUUUGAUGACUUAUUUCAAGAACCUACAGGGCUGCCUCCUAUGAGAAAUUGUGACCAUCGCAUCUGUUUGUUACCUGGUUCCGAACCAGUAGUGGUUCGACCAUACCGCUAUCCUCAUUUACAGAAAGACGAGAUAGAAAAACAGUGUGAAGAUAUGUUACAACAAGGGAUCAUUCGGCCUAGUAAAUCACCAUUCUCAUCCCCAGUUUUGUUGGUCCGUAAACAUGAUGGAACUUGGCGUUUUUGUGUUGAUUACCGCGAACUGAAUGCCAAGACAGUGAAGGAUAAAUUCCCAAUUCCAGUGGUGGAUGAAUUAUUAGAUGAAUUGUAUGGGACAAGAUUCUUCACGAAGCUGGAUUUAAAGUCUGGCUAUCAUCAGGUACGCAUGGAUCCGGUGGAUAUUGAGAAGACAGCCUUUCGUACGCAUCAUGGCCACUUUGAAUUCUUGGUCAUGCCAUUCGGUUUAUCAAACGCACCAUCAACAUUUCAAGCACUUAUGAACGAGGUAUUUAAACCAUACUUGCGUCGGUUUGUGUUGGUUUUCUUCGACGACAUUUUAAUAUUUAGCAAGGCAUGGGACCAUCAUCUCUCACAUGUUCGCAUAGUUUUUGAGUUGUUGCGUGCUCAUAACCUAUACCUCAAGAAGUCCAAAUGCUCCUUCGGAGAGAGACAAGUAGCAUAUCUUGGCCAUGUGGUGUCUGAAACAGGCGUGGCAGCAGAUGCAAGCAAAGUUCAGGCCAUUAAUGAUUGGCCUCAACCACAGUCCAUCACUACCUUGCGCGGAUUCUUGGGCUUAGCAGGUUAUUACCGUAAGUUCAUACAAGGUUACAGUCAAUUAUCAGCCCCUCUAACUAACAUGCUUAAAAGGAACUCGUUCCAGUGGGAUGAUGCAGCUUUGGCUUCUUUUGACGCUCUUAAAGAAGCACUUGUAACUGCUCCUGUUUUACAAUUGCCAAAUUUUGAUGCUCCGUUUAUAAUUGAGUGUGAUGCCUCGGGAAGUGGUAUAGGAGCAGUGUUGCAACAGAAUGGCCAUCCAAUUGCUUUUUUCAGUAGACAACUGGCUGUUCGACACUUUAAAUUGGCUGCAUAUGAACGCGAAUUGAUUGGCUUAGCUAAAGCAGUGCAACAUUGGCGUCCUUAUCUAUGGGGCAGGCCAUUCUUGAUUCGCACAGACCAUUAUAGCCUUAAGUAUUUGUUGGAGCAAAGGCUAACCACUUCACCCCAACAACAUUGGAUCAGCAAGCUUAUGGGGUUUGAUUUUUGUGUGGAGUAUAAGGCUGGACACUUGAAUAAGGCUGCUGAUGCUUUGUCUCGUCGCCCUACUAUGGAGGAAUCGGUGUAUGCUAUCAGUCAACCACGUGUUUUAUUACUUGAUACGAUUAGAGAGGAGACACGUACGGAUGCUUCCUUGCAAGAAUUAGUCCAACAAGUGCUCCGUCACGAGCUUGAUGCUUCCUGGUCAAUCAAAGACGAUCUACUCAUUUAUAAACGUCGUGUCUACUUGCUGCCUUCUUCCCAAUUGAUCUCGACAAUUCUGUCAGGAUACCAUGAUAAUGCCCAUGAAGGGGUACAGAAAACAUUGCAGCGCAUACGACAAGAUUUCUACUGGAAGGGAAUGAAGUCGAUUAUUAAGGAUUAUGUGGCUGCUUGUCCAGUUUGCCAACGCAACAAGGCUGAACACCUAAGUCCAGCAGGCUUACUACAACCACUUGCACUCCCUGAGCAGGUCUGGGCUGAUAUCGGAAUGGACUUUAUUGACGGCUUACCAAAGGCAUGGGGCAAAACAGUACUGUUUGUGGUAGUAGAUCGGUUUUCCAAAUAUGCACACUUCAUACCCAUGUCUCAUCCUUAUAAUGCAACUCGUGUUGCCCACGUUUUCUUUGAGAAUAUUGUUCGCUUGCAUGGGAUACCCGAAUCGAUUACGUGUGACAGGAUGUGGUUUUACGAGCACCUUUUGGAGGAAUUAUUUGGGGCGUCUAUGUGGCACGAAGUUGGCAUUCUCUUCUGCUUAUCAUCCGCAAACGGAUGGUCAAACAGAGGUUGUGAAUCGUACUAUUGA